AUGGGAUUCACCGGUUUUUUCAGAAUACUUCAAUUCAUUUUCAACAUCAUUUGCCUUGCUCUUUGUGCAGCACAUUUUAGACCAGCAAAAGCAUUUGCUUUGGGAGUCAGCUCGGCUAAUAUGAUUUAUAACAUCUAUACAUUGUUCAUUGUGCCGCAAAUGGAGCAAAAAACGUUUGCUGUUUUGAUUCUUGUUGCAGAGCUAGCUUUCCCAAUUCUAUACCUUACUUCCUGUAUAAUUUUGGUGGUUAAAACUAAAGCUGAUUAUGUCACGAGUUGGACCGUCAACUUUACACUGCAGUAUGAUAAGUACAGGGAUGUUCCUUAUAGCACUGUUGCGAUGGCUGCAGGGAUAUUUGGACUUGUUUGUCUGUUUUGGUUUGGUUUCACUUGCUUUGCGUUUUUUAAAUAUACUUAUUUUCCUAUUUGCCGCAAUGGCAAAGGGUUCAAGUCCUUGUUUGAGGUCUACGUGUUUAAAUUUGGCUGUGUUGUUUACAACAAAGAUAAAAGUAAUAAUUAUCGAAACCUGAAAGACCUCGAAAAAAGUGAUCCACAAAAAAUUCUGAACAAAGGGACAACAUUAGAUACUGCCGUAUUGUCCUCCAAUGACACUUUAGAGGCAGAAGAGAAAAGCCCUAUUUGA